AUGAUCAAACAAGGGUUUAUCGCAGAUUCUUCUCUCUCUUUCUCUCCGUCAAGAGCCACAUAUCCGGCCAAAUUCUCCGCAUCUCCUCCUCCUCCUCCUCUGCUGCCUCCGCCGCCGCCGCCAAACGAGACGACUCACUCAAACCCGACUCUUUUCGACAUGAUGUCAGACGAGCACAACCGGGAGCCACGGAAGAAAUCCCACGCGCGCGUGGCUCAGAUCCUGACGGAGUUCAAAAACGGCGUCGUUUACGGCCACAGCCUCGGUCCCAGCGACGUGAAGCUGACUGUGGUGGGGAGAGACGGGUAUAAAGUCACCAUGGAUGUUCACAGGAAGGUGUUAUCGGAGAAGAGCAGGUUUUUCAUGGAGAAGAUGAAUCCGAGAAGAGAGAAAGGAGUUUCUCACAUGGUGGAGAUAAGCGAGUGUGAUGAUGUUGAGAUCUAUGUAGAGACUGUGGUUCUGAUGUAUUGCGAUGAUCUCAAGAAGAAACUGAUCGGUGAAAAUGUCAUCAAAAUCUUGGCUUUACUCAAGGUUUCUUCAGCUAUAUCGUUUGAUGAAGGAGUAAUGUCAUGUUUGGAGCAUUUGGAAGCUGUUCCUUGGUCAGUAGAUGAAGAAGACAUUGUUGUAUCUUGCCUUGAAGAGCUUCAUCUUCCUGAUGAUUCAGUGACAUUGAUUCUUCAGAGAGUUUCAUCUGCACCUUCGACGUCCUCAACGAGAACCGAUGACAUCUUCUUGAAACUCCUCACCGGUGUUCUACAAGCCAAAGAUGAUAAAGCUCGGCGAGAAAUGAAAGCGUUGAUCUUUAAGUUGCUGAGAGAAGAAGCUGAUCAUGACGUCUCUAAAGACACGCUCUACGGUUUGUGCCAUCGAUGCCUCACGUCUCUUGUCCUCUGCUUAUCUGAAGUGACCACGCAGAUGAAUGAUCCCGGGAGAGACCGUGGUGCGCUGAUGGGAGAGAUCGCUAGAGAAGCUGAUAACAUGCUGUGGAUGGUAGAUAUAUUGAUUGAGAAGAAGAUGUGCGAUGAGUUUGUGAAGCUAUGGUCGGAUCAAAGGGAGCUAGCGAAUCUCCACUCGAAGAUACCGACGAUGUAUAGGCACGAGAUUAGCAAGAUCACUGCGCAGAUAUGUGUUGGUAUCGGUAAAGGAAGGAUCUUGGUGAACAGAGAGACGAGGUUCGCGGUUUUGGAUACGUGGUUGGAGGCUUUGUAUGAUGAUUUCGGGUGGAUGAGACGGUUGUCGUCGAGGUCUCUUGAUAGGAAAGUGGUGGAGGAUGGGCUCAGCCAGACAAUAUUGACCUUGUCGCUGAGACAGCAGCAGGUGAUUCUGAUGAAGUGGUUUGAUCGGUUUCUGAGCAGUGGGGAUGAUUGUCCAAAUGUUCAACGAGCGUUUGAGGUUUGGUGGAGAAGAGCUUUCGUAAGACAGGUCUUGGCAGAGCCGGAUGCGUCUCAGCUGCAGAUUACACUCUAUGACUAA